UCCUGAAGCGAACGAAAUAGAGCAGAGCGCGCUCACGAGUGCGGAAAGUCAGGAGGCACGGGGCUAAAGGAGGGCAGAUUACAGUGCAGUAUCUCAUAUAUAGCUAGUGUACGAAUUAAAAUGAAUAAUAAAUGAAAUACAAAAGUACCAUCAAAACAAGACGUGCGUUUUACUUUAAAAAAUAUAUUUAAAGUUUUGGUUUAUUGCUAGCAAGUUAGCUGUUCUCUCUGUCGGUGUCAUACUAAGAGCACGCCGAAUUUGUAUAAUCCGAGGCGUCAAAAUUAAAGAUAGAUUAUGUGGGGCAUAUCUAAAGCGGCGUUAGUUUGUUAACUAACUUUAUUCGUGGAGCUGUGAAGCUGCGAGCGUCCAGAAAAAAAGUUGUAUUUUUUGAAGCCGGAAAGUUAGCUUCAGGCUAGCCGUAGGCCCGUCGCGUUCUGUGUACAACAAUCGGCGCGUGGCUUGGCUUGUCAGAAAGGGCGAAGAUGUCGGCACAGGCGCAAAUGCGGGCCAUGCUGGACCAGCUCAUGGGCACGGGAAGAGACGGGGACAGCAUGAGGCAGAGAAUCAAAUUCACAGAUGAGAGAGUGUGCAAGAGUCACCUUCUGGAAUCCUGUCCCCAUGACAUCCUGUCUGGCACGCGAAUGGAUCUGGGGGAGUGUAUGAAGGUUCAUGACCUGGCCCUCCGGGCUGACUAUGAGAUCGCCUCCAAACAGCAAGAGUACUUUUUUGAGCUUGACGCUGCGGAGCACCUGCAGUCCUUCAUCGCCGACUGUGACCGGAGAACAGAGCUAGCCAAGAAGCGUCUGGCAGAAACUCAGGAAGAGAUCAGUGCGGAAGUCGCGGCUAAGGCGGAGCGAGUGCACGAGUUGAACGAGGAGAUCGGCAAACUGCUGGCCCGCGCUGAGCAGCUGGGCGGGGAGGGAAACGUGGAGGAGGCGCAGCAGGUGCUGGAGAAGGUGGAGAAGACCCGGGCCCUGAAGAGGGAGGCCGAGGAUAUAUACAGGAACUCGAUGCCUGCUUCAAGCUUCCAGCAGCAGAAGCUUCGGGUCUGUGAGGUGUGCUCUGCCUACCUGGGUCUCCAUGACAAUGACCGUCGCCUUGCCGACCAUUUCGGUGGAAAGCUUCACUUGGGCUUCAUUGAGAUCCGUGAGAAGCUCGAGAAACUGAGGAAAACCGUGUCUGAGAAGCAGAUGCAGAUGAGACUCCGGAGACGGGAAGAGCGUGAUCGAGAGGAAGAGAGAGAGCGUGAGUGGGAGCGGGAGAAAGAGAGGGAUCGGGACCGGGAACGUGAGAAGGAGAAAGAUAGAGAAAAGAGGAGGGAUGGCAGGAGCUCCUCUUCCCACCACAGCCGACGCCAUCACUCCUCUUGCUCAAAGGAAGAAGGAGCUGAGAGGGAGCGGGAGAGGGAGCGGAGGCACAGGCACAAGGACAAGGACAAGGACAAGGACAAGGACAGACAUCGCUCCCGGUCACACUCGCACUCCCACCGAAGCAAGAAGAAGAGAUCUUCCAGAGAGAGAUCCCCACACUUGAAGGAGAGUGAUCAGUCACCAUCACUGGAGAGAAGGAAGGAGAGGAGAGGAGAAAGGGAAGCAGAGUGGCUCAGCGAAGGCCAGGCACUGGGCACGGAGGACUCCCCAUCCACAGAAAUGCCCAAGGGGAGGGAUUUCGGUCGAGGACGGGAGAGGUCACUGUCAUUUGAAAGAGAGAGACGAUCAAGCUCUGAAGAAAGAGAAUCAGGAGAGCUGUGAAAUCAGCAGAGGCGUACGAUAGGGGCCAUGGGGGGAGGGGGGGGGACGUGUUGCACACAGCAGGGGUGUAGAUUACCUAAGUGGGUGAAAGAAUAUUGUGAGUUUCACUGAGAGGCAAGGAGGCCGAAAGAUUGGAAAGGGGAGAGAUGAAUUAUUAGAGAAGAAUUUAAUCUGGAAGGAUGGUUUUAGUAGCUCAAAGGGGGAACAGACUACAGAGUGCUGGUAGUAUAUUUAGAGAAUAAUGAAAGCAAGGGUAGGCAGGCGGACUUCUGUGAUAAAAUGUACAUAAAGAAAUUCUACCUAACCAGUUUUUUUUAAAGUCGUGAUUGUUUUUUUUAUUAUGAUCAUUAUGAUUGCUACAAUUAAACAAUUAAAGUUCUGAUCCCCUACA